CCACUACUCCCCUCUCCUUUACCUCUUCCACUCCCCCUCUCUUGUCCGGAGGUUAACGUACCCCAACACGUAAAAACGAAUGGAGAAGAUUGAAGAAGUGGUGAUUGUUGGUGCAGGAGUUUCAGGCCUGGGCACGGCCCUCGGCCUUCACCGGAAGGGUAUAAGAAGCUUGGUGCUGGAGUCCUCCGAUUCCCUCCGAGCUGCCGGCUUCGCUAUCCUAGCAUGGCCCAAUGCCUGGAAAGCCCUCGACGCACUCGGCGUCGGUGACUUUCUCCGAGAAACCCACGUCCUCCUUCAAGGGCUAGUUAUGAAUUCUGCGACAACUGGAGAAGUAAUAACAGAACAAGAAUUUCCUGGACAUGAGCAGCGGAAGUUUGAAGCCCGUUCAUUGAAGAGAAACCUUUUGUUGGAGGCAUUAUCAAAGGAUCUACCACCUGAAACGAUAAGAUUCUCGUCAAAGGUUGUUUACAUAGAGAAGGUUGGCAAUUUCAAGCUAUUGCAUCUGGCCGAUGGCUCUACUCUUAAAACUAAGGUAUUGAUAGGUUGUGAUGGAGUAAAUUCCGCUGUGGCCAGAUGGUUAGGACUCAAACCACCAUCAUUCUCCGGUCGAUCAGCUUGUAGAGGCCUCAUAAACCCUCCUCAAUCUUCCAUCUUAAACCGCCGCCACAUAGAAUAUUUUUUCGGACAAGGCUUCCGAGCUGGUAUGUCUCACUGUGAUGAGGACACUCUCUAUUGGUUCUUCACUUGGUCUCCUUCAAAUCAAGCUGAGAAGGAAGCAGAAGAAAACGCUCAGAAAAUGAGAGAACUGAUGCUGAACAAGCUUAAGAGCUCAAAGACGCCCAAAGAAGUGAUUGAAGUGAUUGAGAACAGUGAUCUGAGCAAUGGAUUGGUCUCUGCUCCUCUGAGGUCCCGCUGGCCCUUUGAUUUGCUGUGGGGUAAUAUCUGCAAGAAUAAUGUUUGUGUUGCAGGCGACGCUCUUCAUCCAAUGACUCCUGACAUUGGCCAAGGUGGUUGCUCUGCUCUUGAGGAUGCUGUUGUGCUUGCUCGAUGCUUGGGUGAAGCACUUGCAGGCGGAGAUGGAAAGAUGACGGAGGAAGAAGAGUAUGAGAAAGUUGAGAAAGCAUUGAAGAAUUACGUUGAAGAGAGGAAAUGGAGGAGCUUUACAUUGAUCUCUACUUCUUAUUUGAUGGGUCAGCUAGAAGAGAGGAACGACUUUCUCACCAGAUUCGCAAGGGAAAAGCUUCUUUCUGGAUUCAUAGGUUGGUUACAGCUCAAAAUCACUGAGUUUGAUUGUGGGAUGCUUUAGGAAUUAGUGAAAAUGUAUGAUUUAAGUGUAUAUGGGCUUCCCAAUUCCUUUAUGAAAUAACCAAAGUAUGCAUGAACUAUGAAUAUUUUUCAAAUGGGGAAUAAGUUUCCUAGGGAUGUUUUUCCUUUUAGGAUGGGUCAUGUAUGCGCUAUCAUGUUUCAAAUAAAUUUAUUUGCU